CAAAAGGCACGGUUAUGGGUGGAUUGCUUAAGCUCCCAAAUCAGUUUUUGCAAGGCAUUUAAAUUACAGGCAGCAUUGGAAAAGUCACAACCACAGCUCGGGAUCUUCCAGAAACUUUGCCUUGAAACUGCGUGACUGUAAACUGAUCUGAGAGAUGAACGUCGAUGCCAGCGCUCUCGCCUGUUUGGCAGAAAUUCGCCGCCAACCGCUUCACAUCAAAAAUACCAUGAAAAGUAUCUUUGUCACUCAACUGGGGGACCGAAGAGAUGAAGAUGAAAAUAUUAAUUAUAUUCCAAUAAUCAAAGAGCCUGCUGCAGAGAUCCUUGCAAAUGGUCGUAAAACACAUCAGAGCACUUUAGUGCUGAAGAAAGAGGUGGAAGUUGACCAAAUUAAUGAUGAACUUGCAGCUAAAAGGGAAGAGUUCCUCCAACGCAUGGAAGCCAUUAGCCAGCGGAGGGCAGAAUUUGAAAGAAAAGAGCAGGCGAAUAAGGAAAGGGCGCUGAAGUUUGAUAAGUUUAUCAAGGAUAAUGAGAUAAAGAGAUGUCGCGCCAUUAAAAAACACCAGUUAGAAGUGAAAGAAAAUGAGGUAAAACAGAGGGAGCUACAAGACCUGCUGCAGCAAAUUGAAGAGAUCAAAGCCAGGCAACAGAAGCUGCAGAAAAGGGUGUCAAACUAUAAGGUGUAUGAAGAUUACCUCCUGAAGGUUAUUGACAAUUUGCCUGAAAAUUACUUGGAGUAUGGUGUAGAAUCUCUGGUGAUGUGUAUAAUUCGAAAAUAUGAAACGCUCCGAUCCACCAAUGAGACGUUGAUAAAUAACCUGAGCAGGUUGUCGGAUGAGCUGGAACAGCAACAGCACAACUUGGAAGCUCUGCACCAAGAAUACGAUACCUCAAAACUUAUGAUGAAUAGCCAGCUCUCACAACUCCGAACAGAAUGUGAUGAAAUAAAGGAGAAGAAUAAACGGAUGGAACAGAAGUUAAAUCUGCACAAAGGCAACUUUAUUCACAAGAGUGAAGAGUUUGGUGCCCUCCUGUUGGCUAUUAAUAACCUAGCAGAUCAGUGCUAUGUCAAGCAUUAUGGGAUCCUGGAGGAAAUGAUUAUUUUGACAAAACUCGAUAUGGUAAAGGAAUUCAUCAUGGAAAAGAAAAUGAUUACCCAAAUGGCAGCACACUGGGAUUCGACAACAUCCACUGGCACCUCAGACCAAAUUCCGAAUAAACCAGGAAUAACUAACAAAACAAAACAACAGACCAAUACAUCACUUGUAACUUCCAAUAAAAUGGUAGCCCACCAAAAGAAUAAAAAAAGGCCAAUGAAUUCCAAUGCUUGAUGAGCAGUCUAAACAUCCUUGUUUCAAAAGAGAAUCUGAUAUUUACCAUUGAUCUCCAGAGACUAUUGAUAUGCCUGUUAAUGAUAAGGGAGAAGUGAUUGACAAUGGGAAGAGAUGCAGUGUAGGUACUUUAUGUGACAGCAUUCAAGAAUGAAGUAAUGCUGACUGGUACAAUAAAAACUUUCUUGCUCACAAAAGGCAUCUCAAAAAUUUGCACCAGAGUUCCAGCAACAAGUUUUCAAUAAUAGCUCUUUGAAUACCACAUAGUUGAUAGUUGACAUGUUUAUGAGUGGAACAUAAUGGACAAUAACAUCUAAUUUUGUGUAUGUGUUAGCUUAUUUGUAUCACAGUUGCAUAUAUUUGAAAAAAAACAAUUGAAUGGCAAAGAUAUGUUAACUAGUGUAAUGAGACAUGCAAUACCACUUUUUUCUCUUUCUCUACCUUGCUGAAAUGUGAAUAAUAAAACUUCACUGUAAAAUCAAUGUAGAAAGUGCAGUCAGUUGCAGGUUGAACUACUGGCUCUAUGCCUUCAUUACGCAUCUCUUUAGAAGGUACAAAGCCAUGUUACUUUCUAACUAUAAUGUUAAGUAACUGCUAAUUGAAGUCUUUGUUUUUUUAGUAAUAACAUUUCUUCCUAAUAUACAGUAAACAAUUAGAAGGAAUUAGCUUUUGUUUAGAUGAAGACGAAGGGGGUCCCAGGUAAAGACAAAGUCAAGAAGUCAAAGUCAGAGUUGAGUUUAUUGUCAUAUGCACAACAUUAGUAAGGAACAGGCUUUUGUUUACUCAUUCUCCUAGAAGCAUUUGCAAGCAAUGUCUGAAAAUAUAACUUCUGAGGAGAAGAAAGAAAUGAGUAACAUAAUUGUAAGACAAAGGAAGCAAACAUAAUGAAAGAUUGUCUUAAACUGUCAGAAGUUUAUAUCUGUUACUCAGGCCUUUAAUUUUCAGUGCUGAGAAGAAGAUGCAACCGAAUUGUAAGAUACUUUUCACUUUUGCGGCUCUGGCUUUGGAUCCCACUACUGCAAAACCUGGGGAGGGUCCCCACAUGGAUUGAUACAAAACAUGAGGUAACACAAUCACAAGAAUGACCACAUUUUACCAUGGUCACUUUCUGUUAUGUGGAGGUUGCCUGCUGUUCCUGGUGAGAAAGCAUUAAUGGUGUUUCAGCAGGGUCAAAAAAAGAAAACAUAUCUAGACAAUCCCAUAUUAACAAGGAAACCAUCUAGGAGAGCUCAGUGGGGUAGCUUAUUUGGUGGGUUGAAUUAAAGUUAGCAAUUAUUUUCUUUUCAUAACACCCACCAUUACAAAAUGGAAGCAGUUUUGCGGAGGACUUGAUUCAGGCUUAAUUCAUUUCUUCAUCCUAUUUAAUGUGAUAAAAUUGGCUUUAUUACUCAAAAAUAUUCCAUUUUUUGACAAUCACACAUACUACUUUCAUUGACAUUUGAUGUGGCACAUUUUGCAAUUAUAGUUGCCCUACUGCAAGCUUAUAGUUGUAGUUAGGAGUCCAAGGACAUUUACCUGAGCCCAUACUUAUGAUCCAUUUUGAAUGUCCUUGGAUAUGAUCUAGAGAAUGGUGUGUUGAGGAGGUGGUAAGCAGGUCUGAUGCACAGGAUCAAACAUGAUUAUAUUGAAUGGCAGAGUAGCUUGAAGAGCCAACCCCUGCUUCUGCUUAUGCACCUUUUAUCUUGACAGCCAGGUUUAGUAUAUGUGGAAGUAUUUCCUUCCUUUUGCUGCUUACAUCCAAGCUACAAACUUCUAGGUAAUUUGUUUGAUUGGAAGCACUCCAAGAAGGACGACUUAUCUUCAUCUGACCUUCUGCAGCAGAACCUCAAAAAAGUGAUUACCAAUAAGAGCUUUGAACCCUUGCUCUGGACAUUUUGACACCUUUUAAAUUCAGGACAUGUCUAAGGCUGAUUAACAGUGAAUUUAGCAUUGCUAGUAAUGGGUAACUUGCCACUUGCCCUGAUGUUAAUAUUGAUAAAUAGAAAGGUGUCACAUUAUAAUUGGAGUUCAGGUCGUUUCAUAGUAUAUGUGAGUAACAGUCAAAAGCAAUCAGUUUCAUGAGUUUUUUUUUCAUGUAAAAAUUAUAAACCCAUAUAUAGAAUCAUGUACAAAACACAAACUAGUAAGCCAAAAUGAACACUCAUAUUACAACCUUAAUCUUUAUACGUGUAGAGGCUUUGUUCUUGGAUUCAGUAGCCCCAAGAUAUAAAAUGUACUUGACAUUGCUAAGAAAGAUUAAGGAAAGAAAAUAUGAGUGCAGUUGAGUUAAAAUAAUAGAUGAAAUGUACCCUGGUCUUGUUAAGGUGUGUUGAAUGACGUUAAUAUAAAUAUGGCUUUCAUCCUUACUUGAAAAGCCUAUAUCAGAUAAUCAAUUAAUCUUCAGAAUCCAUUUCCUUCCUUUUCAAUAAGGUAAUGCACAAUCGCAUUACCUUGCCUCAUUGUCAUAUUAACCCAUGUGUCAUAUCAAAGAAUUUCAAAGAUUCUCUGAGUCAUUUGGCAAAUGAAAAGAUUGUUGGAAGCUUCUUCUUCCUUUCUUAAGAUCUUAGUAAUGUUCAAACUAAUAAAUAAAACUUUUACCAUUGAAAAAAUGGAUUGUCAUGAAGUAAAGUGGCUGCUGGUGAGUGAAGGACUUUCAGUGCAUUACCUGUGGAAUAUAGCAUGGUAUCUCUGGAAUUGUAGUUAUGAUAUGUGUUGUGACUGAAGCUGUA